AUGGCGCCAACAUCUUACCCCAUGGCUCUGUCCGUCUUGAUACCUCUGCCACUUGACAUUAUAUCCACCAUUCUGCGCUUCUGGAUACGCACAAAGAGGAAUGCUUGGGGCCCCGACGACUGGGCCAUGUUAAUCAACGUUCCCUUUUGGAGCGUCAGCACAAUCGCCACUCUGGGCAUGGCAUGGAGUGGCAUAGGCCAGUACGACGCUACACUGACGCCCGAGCAAUACACCAACUCACUAAGGUGGUUCUACAUUUUCCAAGAACCAUGGUGUUUUACCCUCAUCACCAUCAAAUGCAGCAUUGGGUUUGCCCUGAUCCGCAUUUCAACAAGCAAGAAGAGAAACUGGGACCCAAAGAUGCCAGGCAAAUGCAACGACCGCAGCAUCCAAACCGUCCUCUCGUACGCAGUGGUCGUGGUAUCCAUCUCGACAGACUGGGUUUUUGCCACGCUCCCCAUCUUCCUGCUCUGGAACGUGCAGCUAGACUGGCGCGUAAAAGGGUCUGUCAUGGCCAUGUUGGGACUGGGAAUCUUCGCCUCGAUUGCGCCCAUUGUGCGUCUAAAAUUCCUCAUCGGCCUCAACGACGCCUCGCGGCUCCUCGAGAACCUCUCCGACAUCCUCGCAUGGGCAUCUGCCGAAAUGAACGUGGGCAUGUUCGUCGCCAACCUACCAGCGUGCCAUCCGCUGCUCAAACACGCCAUCGCGCGCUUCUCCACAUGGACCGGCAACAGCGCAAGCGGGCGCUCAAACGACUUUUCGUCGGGCGGCUUCCGCUCCAAGAAACACUCUCCGCACGCGCGCGGCGCAUCCACCGGCGCAUCCAAGCAAUGGCUGGAGCUCGACGACAACCACCACCACCACGCGCACGGCGGCGACCUCGAAGCCGCCGCAAAAUCCAACAACACCACUGGCUCCGGAAACAAGUUCAUGACGGGCAAAACAAAGGACGUAGGCGUCGAAACUAAAAUCUACGGCGACCUCGAUGACUACAGCAAUAACAGCCAGGAGGACAUGGCCACCGAUGACGGCAGCCAGAAGCGAAUGGUCAUUACCAGUCGCUCGCCGCCGAGUAAUAGUGAUGGACUGCAUAUCAAUAUGCAGCGGGAUUUUGUAAUAGAAGUUAGUAAGCCGUUGAGUCGGCAGGCGAAUCAUCGUGUUUGA